UACCUCUCACUCUGCCUUUCAUACAUACGCCAGAGCACAGACUGCAACGGAACGGGCCAGUAGGAUUUUCCUCCUCAUCCUGGAACAGCCGAGAAACCAGAGAGACAGUUACCCGCAGAGGAGGAGAGAGACGUUAUUCAUGGAGGAUCCACCGAGGAGUAUCUGACCCACAAGCUGCCGAGUGUGUUUGCAGCUGGCUCUCAGAAGCAGUUGUGUGGACUCCUACACGCACCCAUCCCUCCACGGGACCGGCCCACUCCCUCCUUAGUUAAGGAUAGGAUGCCCGGCUCUGCGCCCUUGUGCUGAGGUGGCGUCUGCGGGCAAAAGUAUGGGCGCUGUGCUGACCGGAAUCCCCACCACCCCCUCCACCACCGAUCUGCCACCACCACGCCGCCCCACCAAGACGGGCGCUUUCCCCAGCCCCGCCGAUGGGCGAAGACACUGACGCCACCCCGACGCUCAACCACCGCGGCUUCCUCCCCGACCACAACUAUGUGACUGAAGCAUUGCCCGGUGCUGAAGUAGCGUGUCUGCCAAACAAUUAUCCAACAGUGCUCUAAAGGCUGCUCAAACACAAUGUGCCUCUGGCUGCUCCUGGCUAUAGCCUGAAGAGCUCCGCCCAUCCUGUCCAUCCCUCUCCACCCUGGAGUCUUCCCCCAGGAUGUUGAGCCCCAUCCAGGUCCUGUGCUCCGACAUCACUACCCUUUCUCUGGAGCCCGAGCCGUUUGCCUCUUACACUGAAGCUGAUAUCAUCUCCACUGUUGAAUUCAACCACACCGGAGAGCUCCUGGCCACAGGGGAUAAGGGAGGCCGAGUGGUCAUCUUUCAGAGAGAACCUGAGAGCAAGAGUGAGCCAUUCUCCCAGGGCGAGUACAAUGUCUACAGCACCUUCCAGAGUCAUGAGCCCGAGUUCGACUACCUUAAGAGUCUGGAGAUCGAGGAGAAGAUCAAUAAGAUCAGAUGGCUGCCUCAGCAGAAUGCCGCACAGUUCCUUCUCUCCACCAAUGAUAAGACCAUUAAGUUGUGGAAGGUGAGUGAAAGAGACAAAAGGCCGGAGGGAUACAACCUGAAGGAUGAGGAGGGUCGCAUCAAGGACAUCUCUACUGUCACCUCCCUACAAGUGCCGGUGUUGAUGCCCAUGGACCUGAUGGUGGAGGUGAGUCCACGGCGAGUGUUCGCCAAUGCCCACACUUACCACGUCAACUCCAUCUCCGUCAACUCCGACUAUAUGACCUACAUGUCAGCUGAUGACCUGAGGAUCAACCUUUGGCAUCUGGACAUCACCGACCGCAGCUUCAACAUUGUGGACAUCAAGCCAGUCAACAUGGAAGAUCUGACAGAAGUGAUCACAGCGGCUGAGUUUCACCCCCACCACUGUAACUUGUUUGUCUAUAGCAGCAGCAAAGGCACCCUGCGCCUCUGUGACAUGAGAGAAGCAGCGCUGUGCGACAAACACUCCAAAUUGUUUGAGGAGCCCGAGGACCCCAGCGCCCGCUCCUUCUUCUCUGAGAUCAUCUCCUCUGUGUCGGACGUCAAGUUCAGCCACAGCGGUCGCUACCUGCUUACCAGAGACUACCUGACUGCCAAAGUCUGGGACCUCAACAUGGAGAGCAAGCCCCUGGAGACAUACCAGGUUCACGAUUACCUUCGCAGCAAGUUGUGUUCCCUUUACGAAAACGACUGCAUCUUUGACAAGUUUGAGUGUGCCUGGAACGGCUCCGACAGCGUGAUCAUGACCGGAGCUUACAACAACUUCUUCCGCAUGUUCGACCGGAACACCAAACGCGACGUGACCCUGGAGGCGUCGAGGGAGAGCAGCAAACCCAGGGCUGUCCUGAAGCCGCGGCGGGUUUGUGCCGCUGGGGGAAAGCGGCGAAAAGACGACAUCAGCGUGGACAGCCUGGACUUCACCAAGAAGAUCCUCCACACUGCCUGGCACCCGAAUGAGAACAUCAUCGCCAUCGCCGCCACCAACAACCUGUACAUCUUCCAGGACAAACUCAACUCUGAGAUGCAUUAAUAAAGGGAUGUCUACAGUGAAACAAGUUUACACCUGAACACACAGCUAUGCCAGAAUGUACACAUUACACACACACACACACACACAGACACACACCUCUAGGUCUACUCUUUGACACACUCCCUCACCUCCUUCCCCCCAGCCUCCCAGAACUUAAAGGACCUAGAAAGGGCUAGAAAAGGGAACAGGCUGGAUUACGCAGUGGAUUAUGGAUUGCAAAAUUGCCCAAACUGUGGAUUUCCUGAUUGUUAAACUCUGGAUUGGGCUUGAUGGCGUGUUGAUUGCUACAGCUCAGCUUCUAAGGGGAUACCCCCCCCCCCCCCCCCCCCCCCCCCCCAGACUGGAGAGAUGUUUACAUAAUUGUCAUUUCUAUUUCCUUUUUUGUUAUUCAGACUUUUUCUUUCUCCACCACCUCCUCCACAUCCUCUCCUUUCUGUAUUUGUGUGCUCGAGCGAUGCCUAUUCUUAUCCCUUGCCCACUGUUUUGUGUAACGACCCUUUGUGGUUGUCAACCAGCGUAACUGACCGAAAAUGGGGCAUUUAUGUAACUUAUUGUUUGUUUGAUUUCAGAUCAGCUACCGCAUCUUCUGUUUUUUGUAACUUCCUGUAAAAUGAUGUUAAUGAUGGCGCUUAUGAUGAGAAUGGCUAUUUAAAAUGAUCUGUGGGAUGUGCAAGAAUGAAUUCAGGACCCUCCCCGUAACCCAAGCGAACCCAGACUCCUCUGAGCUCCACUGGGCCGUGUUCAGUGAGGUAAAACAUUUACAGUCCUGCAGAUAGAAGCAGAAGUUCCACCAUGGCCUAAUAUGAGGACUCAUAUCUGCUCCACACAGUGUGUUUCAGUCAUUAGUGUACUCUCUGGUUCUGCUUCUGGUCUAGGGCUAUGUCGUGUGCUACUUUGCCGUUAAAUACAACUCAAAUGAAGCAACAACAACAACACAAACACUUAAAAAAUGAACUAAGUAAUUUCAACAAUCAAACAAAAAGAUGCUGCAUGUAAAACCAAUUUAGCCUAGAUGUUUUUAAAUUGACUGACUGACUUGGCUGCCUUCUUAACCAUUUAGACUCAGCUGUACAAAGGCUUCAGGGGCCCCGGGGCCCCAUGCAGCACGAGUAACCAUAGAUGACAGAGCUCGCCCACUUUUAUUUGUGUCUUUGGACAUGGAAGCAUGUUUACCAGUGUUCGGUUCAUACACUUACAUGGACAUUGUGAAUGAAGCCGUCCAAUAAUCAGUUUCUACUCGACUGAAACGGCGAACCAAGACUAUUGGGGAAUGUUUUCAUUAAUGCUGUUCUCUAAAAGAAAAAAAGAUCUAAGGGCCUAAAAUGGUGUCUAAAUAUAUUGACUCUGUUAUUGGCAUGUAUGAGUUUUUUUUUUUUUUUUUACAUUCUUAAACAGACUGUGGACUUGAUCAUCUAUCGAUGACUGCCUCCAAAUAUACAGCAGAGAGAUGGUACCUAAAUCUCCUCAGCCUUCCUCACUGAUUACUGGUGUUCAGAAGCUUAUUUUUAGAGAACAGUUUAUUUUAUUUCUUCUUUUUUUGUGUGUCAAUUUCACUCCACCACGUCCUGACCAAACUAAUGUUGAUUCACAUAUUUUUGUGUUAAUGUAUGUUGAUGACAAAAUUGUCAAAUGGACAGUUAUAAAUAAUGUUAAUAUGUUUUUUUCUGAAUAAAGAUUUCAACGAAAUUGCA